AUGCCCCUCAAGAAGCCUCGUCGGAAAUGGGAUCCACCAACAGAAAAAUUUAGCACGGAGACAACUGCCAAACAAGAUUUCAUAGCUAAAGGCAAUCCACCACGGACGAGUUUCAAACCCAGUCAAAAACCAAUCAAAUCCGAAGAUCCUUUCGACGGUAACACUGGUUAUAAGAACGUUUACGUUGCCCAUCCUGUACAACCCCGAAAACCAAAACAGCGAAAAAUUCACGUACCACCACCCGAGAAGUUUGAUGCUACCAGUACAGCAAAGAACGAUUUUCGAGGAGAUGUCGUACCAAAACGUGAAAGCUAUAAAAGGGAUACAGAGCCCUUUAAAUCAAAUGCCGAUUUUGAAAGUACUACUACAGCAGGUACAGAUUACAAAAGUCACCCAGUGGAGCGCCGCAUCGCGCGUAAACCAGAGGAAUACACUAAACCAGAAGGAAAAAUCGACCUGGACACAGUUAACAGAAGCAAUUACAAGGAACACCCAAUUCAAAAGCAAAUAGUCAAGAAACCAAGUUCAUCAAAAGCUCUUCGUGGAGAGGGAGAGGUGGAAAAGGAUACGAAUUACAUAAAGGAUUAUCCAGCCUGGGAUGCCAAACGCCCUGAAAAGUUGACACAGAAUUCUCAGUAUUUACCACCUGAUGGCAAAAUGGAUGGAAUAACAACAAGCAAACAGGAUUACCCUCCUUUAAAAGGUGAAGUAAGGAAGGGUUUUAAACCAAAGGAGUCUGAAUUAAAAUCAACAGAUCCCCUUGAUACCCACACCGGUUACAAGAAUACUUACGUGGAACAUCCUCUACAACCCAAACAAGGUAGACAGCGCGAAGAAUAUAAACCACCAGCA